CGCGUCAUCUUCUCAGCUCAGCGUUUAUUUCACAAUACCCCCAUUGGCAUCGAGGGCGUAUUUCUCAGCUCAGCGCUAUAUAAAGGCAAGCAAAACCACUCUCCCAAGUCAGUAGAGAGAGGGAGUUACAACUGUUGAACUUUAGAGAUUUAAUCGACUGCUAAUUCCGGCAAGAGGCAAGAAGAAAAUAUAAUACAGCAGUUGUCGAUAAUCUUUCCAUCGAUAACUCGACUUUAAGCGUUUGCUAUCAAAUUUCCCGCAAGUAAACUGAAGAACUUUGUCGAGUCCGUCUUACGUUCACGAUGUCGAGCGAUAAACAAGCCCUCCAUCCCGACGCCUACUGCCAUAUCAACAUCAGCGAAGGUCGGAAACACAUGAAGAUGAGCGACAUCGAACACCUAGCCAUGCUGAAGGCGAAGGCGGAAAAGGAGUCGGGCAAUUUUAGUUGCGUCGACGUCUUCAAAGUUUUGCUGUUCAUCGGAGUCAUCUGCACCUUCACAGUGGUCUUCUACAAAAUCGCAGUUCUGCAACAGAAUGUUAGAAUUCUCUCAAGCCGCAUGGAUAGAAUUCAAAUAACACAGAAUGCUCAAGGAAAUGUCAGACAGUGUAACUGUACGGACAGCACACAGGGCCUGAGGGACAAGCCCAGGGGUAAUACUCGUCGUUACUCAAUGGGUAUGGGUAGGAGUGGAAGAAAUCGGAGAUCCCUCAGCGAUGGACAACAAGAAAGUGAACAUGAGGAAGACAACGUUAUAGAUACUCAGAUCCCCAAGUAUGGCGAUCGUUUUUCUGCCCAUCUACUUCCAAAGGAUGGUAACUCAAGCCUGAAAGAAGGUCAGAUUUUCGAGUGGGUCAGCACCAAAAACCACUCAUUCAUUGAAGCUUCAGGAUUCGAGCUGGUAGAUGACAGAUACCUCCUCGUUCCCGUAGCCGGCUACUAUUUCGUCUACAGCCAGGUCACUUUCAAUGAUAGUUUGACCAGGACCAUAGGACAUCAGCUGAUCGUAUACGGUAGCUGCGGAAGACGGAAGGCUUCAAUUAUUAUGGGAUCUGCCGUUACUCAGCAAAUACGGCCUGACACUGAUCUCAGCCAUUCCGGCAAGAAAGACUCAAGUUACGUCGGUGGAGUGGUUUACCUUGCCGCUGGAGACUACUUGGCUGUUCGGCCCAACUUCGGCGAUACUCGUAUUAUCGAGUAUUCCCGAUCGGAUCCGGACAGCUUCUUUGGUGCAUUCAUGCUUAAAAGAGACAGUGAAGGCAAAUCUCUCAUGGAAAACUGUAUCUAAGGCAAUCAUCAACGUAUCUAAAGCUGUGAAUGUUUUAUUUCUUCAUUGUAGCAUUUAUGGAAUGAUUUAAAAUUUUAAAUUAAAAAUAAUCAAAUGAAAUAUAUUAGAAUUUUAUUACUUCACACUAUUUUAGGGCCUAUGUCUUAAAAAAGGGAAAACGCUCUCAUACAAGUGGAACAAAGUUAAAUGACCUCGUCAUAGUUUAGUUGUCAACAUGACUUGCAAUCGUUUUUUUUUAUUUCGGGAAGACAAGUUUGUGGUUGAUCUUUUUAAGAAAGAUUACUAGACUUCCAUGUUAACAUGAUUGAAUGGAAAUGGAAAUAGAAGUCUUGACUCUUGAACAUAAUUCAGUUUUAUGAAGCAGGCAAGCUCCUACUGCUUUGUUAGCCGUUUGUAUAUCCUAUGAUAUGCCCGUAUAAAAGGAACGAAAAUGAAAUUUACCUGAAGGAGCGGAAAUGAAUGUUGAUAUAAAGUUCAUUAAAUUCAGAAAUUCAGCAGCGGCUGUAUAAUUAAUGUAGCCUUUAUCAUUAUUUGAUCGUCGCCAUCUAUUGGCAGAAUAUGAAACAUGAAAAAUGUUAGAUGAAUGAAGACGAAAAAAGGAAUAAAUAGACAUCUUAUAGACUGUGCAUGCUCAUUUUGUACAAUAACCUUUCGUUUCUUUAAACAUUAUCUGCCUCUUUCAUAUAUAUAUUUCAUAUUCUAAAGACAUCAAACUUUUGUUUCUUUUUUCCAUUAUAUUUACCGAUUUUGUAUUUUUACUAAAAAAAUUAACGACACUGCAAUCGAUAUUUGAUUUAUAGUUGGAGGAUCUCCCCUGAUAAACUUCUCCUCAGAAAUAUCAUUGAUUCAACCGAAAAUGGACCUCAAUUUAUUGUAUAAAGAAGGGGUCUAUCGUGCCUUUGUGACAUGAUUUUCACGAAAUGAAACUAAAAAUAAGAAGAUAUCGUAAAUUCUUGGAUGAGUGUGCAUCAAAUAUGUUUGUGUAAUUGUUUUUGCUCUCAUGAAAACCAAUCUGACUUCAAAAUGGUUUUAUUUGUAAUGAUAGCCAAUGUUGAUAUACUAUUGGUCAGGUUAUCUGUAUUCAUAAUCACUGGGGUUUAUUUAUAUCAAAUCGCAUCGAUUUAAAGAAAUGGUUGUUCUCUCAUUGUUACAGGGCAGAAACCAAUUUUGGCAUUAAUUGAAUACAUUGUGUGCUCACUUUUGUACAUGAGUUUGUAUAUAUGAUAUCACU